UUCCUUUUCAACCAAUCAGGAGGCGCGACGGAGCCCCUCGAAGAAUAUUGGCCUCACUUUGCAUUUUGCCCCAUCCACCCUCCAUCGCCAUGCCCAGCACCCGCGAAGAACUGCUCGCCGACAAGGACUACGACCUCAUCGUCUCUGGCGACUGCGGCGGUACCAACACCCGCCUCUCGCUCUGGCGCGUGCCCCGCUCGCAGACCCACGCCUCGGUCGUCGGCAAGAUCGCCCCCGGCGAGGUCAUCUUCAACAAGAAGUACCUCAACCAAGAACACGCGAGCUUCGUCGAAGUCGCGCUCCUCUUCCUCAACGAAGCCGGCGUCGACGAGCCGCCGGCCUGCUGCGUGCUUGCUUGCGCCGGCCCGAUCUUGGACAACUCUGUCGUCUUUACCAACAUUGCGUUUGGCUGGUCUAUCAAGGGCGAAGUGCUCGAGCGCGAGCUCGGCAUCCCGCACGUGAAGCUCAUCAACGACUUUGCCGCCAUGGGCUACGGCCUCUUGACGCUCCGCCCGCACGAGUACAUCACGCUGAAUGACGCGGUGCCCGACAAGCACGCGCCGAUCGCCACGGUCGGUGCCGGCACGGGCUUGGGCCAGUGCUUCUUGACGCCGUCCGGCGAAGGCACGUACGAGUGCUACGCGUGCGAAGGCGGCCACAGCGACUUUGCGCCCGUCACGGACAUUGAAAUCGAGCUGUACAACCACCUCCGCAACAAGUUUGGCCCCAACAAGCGCCUCUCGGUCGAGCGCAUCGUCUCGGGCCCGGGUCUCGCCACCAUCUACGCCUUCUUGGCCGACAAGUUCCCGGAGAAGGUCAACCAGACGCUCCACGCCGAGUUCCUCGAGGCCGAUACGCUCCAGGGCGCUGUCGUCGGCAAGAACGCGCCCACGGACGACCUCUGCAACCAGGCCAUGGACAUCUUUGUCCGUGCCUACGGUCGCGAAGCCGGCAACGCUGCGCUCAAGUACCUCCCGCGCGGCGGCUUUUACAUCACGGGUGGUCUCGCGCCCAAGAACCUCGACUACUUUACCAAGUCGAGCCUCUUCUUGGACGCGCUCUUUGACAAGGGUCGCGUCAGCCCCGCCCUCAAGGUCUUGCCCAUCUACUUGGUGCUGACCGAAGACUUGGGCGAGCGCGGCGCGCACUACUACGCCUACCAACUCCUUGGUAAGACGAUCCUGGACGCGCAGCGAGCGCAGCCCAGCGCCUACGUCCACCAAAGCAGUACUCACAGUGUCUUGGAUCCUAGCGCUGCCCCGAUCUCGAUCAGCUAUGCCUUGAUGGCGGCGGCGGGCGUUGCGGGCGUCGCUUUGGGCGCCGCGUUGAGACGUUAGGUCGAGCUAGAAGCGAGCGCAGCUGUGCAUGUUAACAUAACACUUGGUCUUUUCACUGCUUUGUUUGCCCGUUGCGCUUUGCCGCAAGCACCUCGCCAAAGUCGAAAGAGCGCGUCCAGAG